AUGCCGGGUUCUCGUCCUCUUCCUUCCUGCUUUUCUUCUUCCUCGUUGUUUUCUGGCCUUUCCCUCUUCUCUUCGUCACCUCGCUCGCGCGUCGCGUCUUUCCUCGGAGAGCGGAAAGAGCGUGUUUCUCUCCGUGCCAAUCUGCUCUUUCCUUUUCCUUCUCUCCUCUGUGCGUCGUCUCCGCCGUGCUCACGCCUCUCCUCGUUCUCUCCGCAACGUUUCCCUUCGUCGCUGGUCUCCUUCAUUUCCACUGCGCUUCCCUCGCUCUCUUCUCUUUCCUCACCUUCUCCGGAGGAAGGCGAGGCGAGGGGGAAACUCGUCAAGGUAACGCCGAAGGCGCUCGCCCGCAUCGAGGAGCUGAAGCGGAAGCGCAAAGAAGGCGCAGGGACCGACCGGCCUUUUGUCAUUCGUUUGGGAGUGCGAUCGGGCGGAUGCAGCGGUCUCUCCUAUGCGUUGGACAUCGUCGAUGAGGCCAGCGCCGCUCCCAGUGACCACCGUGAAGACUUCGAGGAGGCCGGAGGUUUUUCAAUCGUCGUCGAUCCUCAGUCGCUCCUGUACGUGAUCGGCACCAAGCUGGACUACGCCGACGACCUGAUUGGAGGCGGCUUCAGGGUCUCCAACCCGAACGCAUCCCGGAGUUGCGGCUGCGGCAUGUCUUUCGGCGUCCCCAAGGCCUUCGCCCAACAGGGGGGUAUCGACAGCAAACCCAAAAGCUGCUCGACAGAUCGGAAAUGA